AUGUAUUUGGAUAAUCUCGGGAUUCGACUAGGCGACAGAUACUCCCGGACUGGAGCAGUGACAGACCUCGAGGAGGCUAUCCUGAUAGGCCGACAAGCUGUCGAUGCCACUUCGUUAGACCAUCCUGACCGAGCUAUGUAUCUGGAUAAUCUCGGGAUUCGACCAGGCGACAGAUACUCCCCGACUGGAGCAGUGACAGACCUCGAGGAGGCUAUCCUGAUAGGCUGA